GUGACGUCCUCCUUUUUUCGGAUUCCAGCUACAUGGCGGCAGAGAGUUUGUAGGGAUCUCGGAGGAAACUCCUCCCCCCCCCCCCUUGUUAUGGAGAAAACGACGCUGCCUCGCCGGCCUUUUGAGAUUCCCCGAGAGCCGUCGGCUGAGGAUUAUGACGAGUCUAAGGGCGGUGAGUCGACUCAGAGUGGCGAUUCCUGCGUUCCGUCUUUGUCCAGCAGUUCCGAUGACAUUGAACCUGAGUGGUUGGACAGUAUACAGAAAAAUGGAGAAUUAUUCUACCUAGAAUUAACAGAAGAUGAAGAGGAAACCAUCCCUCGUGACAGUUCUCUUGCUAGAUCUAUGAUGAACCAUGUGAGAUUUCGUGAAAAUGAAGCUGAAUUUUUUCAUGAGAAAGCUGUAAAAGACAGAAAGUGUGAACAUAGAUUGCAACAGUUUUCUAAUUUAUUAAAGAAUAAAGGUCUUCUGAGGCAUUUUGAAAAGAAGAAAGCAAGUAGUAAAGUCACUGUCCAUAAUUAUGGCCCAGCAUCCAUAUUGAAAUACAAUUCUUGCCAUAAGAUGGGAGAUGUCGCCCAACAGCUGUACAAAGACAUUUACAUUUAUGUAAAUCCACAUAAAGGCUCAAAUGCUGCAACAGAGGACCAACAUGAGCUUCUGGAAUCCUUAAUAGGAAUUGUCCACCAACCACCAUGGACAACAGCUGAAAAAUAUAAUCAUGGUACUGAAUAUAGAAGUACUAAUGAAGAAAAAAUUACAGUACAUGGUUUCAUCCCAGGAAGCUCAGCAAUAAAAUCUGAACAGAUCUUAAUUGGAGAUGUCCUUGUUGCUGUAAAUGAUGUUGAUGUAAACGCUAAAAAUAUAGAAAGAAUUUUGUCUUGUAUUCCUGGUCCUAUGCAGGUAAAAUUUACAUUUGAAAUAGCAGCAAUUGAACCAACAGGAACAUCUCAGUCAAGGAAACAGACAGAAUCCUCUGAAAACAACUUGGUGAAUCUGCUGUGGAAAGACCAUAAUAAUGAUUCGCAGUUCUCUCUGCAAAGUAUACCACAUAUUGUAAUGUAUCUCUCACUUAACUUGGAAUCUGAUUCAUCUGAUGAGCAAGGAGAUUAUUUACCAUAUCCCAUAUCAGAAGCAUCUCAAAAAAUAAAAAGUGUAAGAGGAAUAUUUCUCACUCUGUGUGACAUACUGGAAAAUAUGACUGGGACACAAAUAUUUAGUUCAUCUAUGUUUUUAUGUGGGAAAUUGAUCUAUGUAGCUUAUUGGAAGAAGGCUGAUAAGCUGCUCAUAAUUGGCCUUCCAGCUGAAAGUGUACCUCUCUCUCAGCUAAGGAACAUGAUUGCAGAUAUUGUGAGAAUAUUGACCUUUGUAUACAAUUCCUUGGAUAGUGCUUUUUGUCAGGCAAAAAUACUUCUCGAUUGGAGUUAUUUCUUCAGCCUGUUUUUCCAGCAAAUUCUUCAGCAUGCCAACUCCAUGCCAACCCUGACUAUGAUAACCAGCUCAUUACUUUUAUACAACUUUCCAGGAGUACGAUGGCUGGUGCUACCCCAAAAUAUUAAAGUAGAAAUUGAUGCAGCUCUGAGUGACCUGGAGGCAGCAGACUUUGCAGAAUUGUCUGAAGAUUACUAUGAUGUGAGACGACAGUAUACAUUUUUAGGCUCAUGUCUCUUCUAUAAGGGAUAUUUAAUUAGUAGUCACUUGCCAAAGGAGGAUCUUAUUGAUAUUUCAUUAUACAGCAGACAUUAUUGCCUUUUGCCCUUAGCAGCAGAACAGCGAAUUGGUCAGUUAGUAAUAUGGCGAGAAGUAUUUCCACAACAUCAUAUUCAGGGUUCUCCAACUUCAUAUGAAGGAUUCCAAGAACCCCUAGCAAGAUACUUCUUACUCAUUGUUGGCUUGAAGCAUUUUAUUCUGAGUGUAUUGCUGGAAGCAGGAGGUUGUUCUUCCAAAGCUAUUGGAAAUCCUGGACCAGAUUGCAUAUAUAUUGACCAGGUGAAAUCAACUAUCCUUCAGCUGGAUGGAAUAGAUCUUAGCAUAGAUGAAAGAUUAGAGACAGCAUUGGCUCCAUUGGUGUGUUGCGUAGAUGGGUUCUACCCUUCAUCGUCUGACAAAUUGGAGAGCUUUUCUCAUUUGUCUGUUCUCAGCAAACUGCAUCAUAUAUCAAGUACUGUACCUUCUCCAGCAAACAGAAAAGUGAGUUCUGGUAACUCUGUCUUGAGGACACAUAUGUUAAGUCCCUUGAGGAAUAACACUGUCAAUGGUCAGCACACCCCUGAAGGAAGAAAUGGAAUUCAAUCCAUAUACCAUGGACAAUUGAAAAAUCUUAGUGGAUUUGUUUGUUAUUUAAAUAAUGGUCUGUUUAAGAUCACUAAAAAGAAGCCUGUUGUUCCAAACCCAUUUACUUUUGGAACUCUGAAAAAGAAUGUCUCAGAUAAGGAAGCUGAAUUAUAUAAUGCUAUGAAGUUGACUUCGGGUCCAGAAAAUACCCUCUUUCAUUAUAUUUGUUUAGAAACAAUGCAUGAUUUUAUUACUCCAACACAUGUUGAAGUAGCACAACUUAGUGGAAUUAUCCAUCCACAGCUCAUCAAGAACUUCCAUCGCUGUUGUCUUUCCAUCCGUUCCAUUUUUCAACAAACUAUGCUGAGACAAAAUAAAAAGUCCGGGAGAAGAUCGGAAUCCCAAAAAGCAAAUUUGGACCUAAAUCAAGUGAAAGAACAUGGUAUAUUGUUUGAGUGUGCUCCUGACAGCUGUACUGACCAAAAGAAACCCGAUUCCAAUAUAAUGUACUGGGUGGUAGGGAGACUCUUCCUAGAUCCCAAGCCUCGGGAAUUUUACGUCUGUUUUCAUGAUUCAGUCACAGAGGUUGCUGUUGAAUUGGCUUUUAAGUUAUCAUUUGGCUUAGCUGUAUAGAUAAACUUAUCUGCAGUUUUUCAUUUUCCAUGUCACAGAAAACACAGAAGUAUUACAUUGUGGUUUUGUUUGUGGUGCCCUUUAAAAUAUUCCCUAAAAUCAGUUAUGUAAUAUUUAAAAAACCACACAUUUAUAACACUAUUUAUGAAAUUCGUUCCUUUCAGAAGAUUGAAAGUUGGAUGAGUUAUGAUAUUAUAUAUUAAUUAAAAAAUAUAUGUAAAUAUUACCUAUAGAAUCAAUGAUCAAGUUAUAUACACAAGCACAUUUUUCCCUUAAAGCUAUAUCCUUGGAAGAUGCACCUUUAGACCUUGAAAAUAAUCUCACUCAUUAUGCAGUUAAAAUAGAGAUUUCUAUUAUGUAUGCACCUUUUUGGACUUCAUUUAAAGAAUACAAUGUAAUGCUUGCAUAUUAUGUCAGAGGUAGGGAACUAUUUAAUUCAGUUUGGUAUGGGAUUUAAGAUCAAAAUAUGUGGAUACCAAAACUAAGGUUCAAAACUUCAGAUGAUCACAAUGAUUUUAUCAGAGACAAAGAAAAGAAAUCUUAGUUUUUGCUGUUGUCUAGUGAUAAUCCACAUUAUGCAGUCCUGAUCUGGUGGCCUUAACAAAUGGAUUCCUUAAGUCUUCCAGAAAAUUUAUAUGCAAAUUCUUAGGGGAGGUAGUUUACCUUACAUUAAAUGGAUAUAGUACUUUGUGAUACAAAAAGAAGUUAUAUUUAUAUUUAGAAAAUACUUGUUAUAAAAUAAAACUGAAUGUUUCCUAGUACAUUGCAGACAAUGUUAUAUGACUUUUUUACAAUAAAGGAAUAUUCUUCAAAUA